AUGAGAUUCGCCAUUCUCUCUCUCGCCCUCGCGGCGCUCGUCACUGCCGCACCCGUUGCUCAGGGCCCUGCUCCAGCACCUGCCCCAGGUCCUGGCCCAGCUCCCGCUCCCGCUCCGGUUCCUUCUCCUCCGGCGCCUUUCCCUUCUCCGGCUCCUUUCCCUUCUCCGGCUCCUUUCCCCCCGCCGAUCCCUACUCCCUUCCCUCCGGUCCCCACUCCUGGCCCUCCUCCUCCUCCUGAGAGACGCCAGGCUCCUGGUGCCCCAGCUCCUGCUCCGGGCCCUGGCCCCGCCCCGGCUCCGGCUCCGGCUCCUCACCCCAGCCCGGUCCCCUCUCCGGCUCCUUUCCCCCCGAGCCCCAGCCCUCCUCCUCCUCCUCCACCCACCACCACGCCUUUCCCUCCUCCUCCCCCAGCGAGACGUCAGGCCCCUGGUGCCCCCGCUCCGGCUCCGGCUCCGGCUCCCGCCCCUGCCCCUGCCCCGGCCCCUGGCCCUGGCCCUGGCCCUGAGCCCAUCCCCAGCCCGGCUCCCUUCCCCCCAUUCCCCACCACCCCUCUCCCCCCGCCUCCUGCCCCCACGCCCGCUCCCCCGGCUCCCGUCCCCUCGCCCCCAGCUCCUGCUCCCCCACCGGCCGCCAAGUACUUCUUUGCUUAA